AUGGCCGGCACACAACGUGUGCCUGCUAACUUUCAGGGAGACGCCACUGAUAACUUUGAAGAGAUCGAGAAACAAUUUGCCGUCAAAGCUGUCCAACAUCUCGAGACGUACUGGGCCAUCCUCGAGAAGGUCAAGGCCAGCACCCUACGCCUGACCAAGAUAGACAAUGAUAUCUACGAGCACCUCCUCAAAGAUUUUCCCGAAUUCGAUCCCGCCGAGCCCCUAAAUGAAGACAAGAUGAAGAGCCCCGAGGGGAAAAAGCGCUGGCGGGAUUUCAUGAUGGCCUACGAGAACAAGGUCGAUGACUACAGCUUCGGCACCAUCCUGCGCAAGGAUCCUAAAGAGGAGUACACUGAGCACGGCACAAUAUUUGUACCUCGGAUGCAAUUUUACGCCGUCGAGAUAGCACGGAACCGCAAGGGCCUGAAUGACUGGAUCUACGAAAAGGCACAGGCCGAGGCGGCUGGAAAGAAGUAG